AUGGAGGUGUCACCGGCGACGACGACGGACGACGUCGUUCAGGAGAUAAUGAGGCUCCACCGGUCUUUGCCCGACCGGCCGGGGAUCGAGGAAGUCGAAGCCGCGAGGACCCUGAUCCGGAAUGUGGAAAGGGAAGAUCAGGCGAGGCUUGAGAGUGUCGAGAGGCGAAUCAGGGGCAGAGACGUGCCUGAAGAAUUGUUCCGGAUUCUGCAGGAGAUGCAGAGGAGCAUGAUCCAUUUCCAGAGCAAGGAGCAGACGAGGGAGGCGCUGAAGCUGUUGGAUCUCGAGGGCGUCCACAUGGCGUUCGACGAAUUGAUCCAGAGAGCAUCCAGAUGCCUUCCGGGAUCUUCUGUUCCCGAAGAGCCUGCGUCAAACAAGGCCUCCUACGACUCGUCCAUCAGCCUGAGCUCGACCAUGAAUACCUCGACGGCCGCCACGUCAGCAUCCUCGUCUUCUUCUUCCAGUUUCUUGAACGACAAGGAGUACGCAAGGUCCUUGGGACCUGGUUUUUCCAAGGAUGACUCAUAUGUGAAGAAAGCAAAGAUGGCCUUUCGCGUGGACGGCUUGGAGGUCGGAGCCCGAUCAGGAGAUGCCUUUGCUAUGCCGCGAAUUAUAGAUCCCACUCUUGCUAAACCAAUUACUACUUCCGGGCAAGAUGGUGAGAAACUGAGCCUGAUAAGACUGGCCAGCCUUAUUGAGGUGUCGGCAAAGAAAGGUACUCAAGCACUCACUCUCCAGGGCAAACUAUCCGACCAGGUCGAGUGGCUUCCUGACUCAAUCGGGAAGCUCACGAAUCUGAUCACGCUGGAUUUAUCAGAAAACAGGAUCUCCGCCUUACCGGACACCAUAGGGGCACUUUUGUCAUUACAGACUCUGGAUUUGCAUGGGAACAUGAUCGGCGAUUUGCCAGAAACUAUAGGGAAUCUGCUCAGCCUGAUCCGUCUAGAUCUCAGAGGAAACCAGUUAAAAUCACUGCCUCCUACUAUUUCUAGGUUGAUUAAUCUUCAAGAGCUGGACCUGAGCUCAAACGGGCUGUCGUCCCUCCCUGAGGCCAUUGGGUCCCUCGUGAGUCUCGAGAAACUAAUCAUUGAGACAAACAAUAUUGAAGAAAUCCCUCACACGAUCAGCCAGUGUGCCUCUCUCAAGGAGCUUCGAGCAGACUAUAACCGACUCAAGGCCCUUCCCGAGGCGGUGGGCCGGAUCGCGUCUCUAGAGAUUCUCACUGUGAGAUAUAAUAACAUUAAACAGCUGCCAACCACUAUGUCGUCUCUGACAAACUUGCAGGAGCUGGAUGUCAGCUUCAAUGAGCUGGAAUCGGUCCCUGAGAGCUUGUGCUUUGCCACGUCACUUGUGAAGAUGAACAUAAGCAACAACUUUGCUGACCUGCAGUCCCUGCCGAGGUCCAUCGGGAACCUUGAAAAUCUUGAGGUGUUGGACAUGAGCAAUAAUCAGAUAAGGUUUUUGCCAGACUCUUUUAGAAUGCUGACUGGGCUUCGUGUAUUGAAUGUGGAGGGAAAUCCUCUUGCAGUUCCCCCAAGGAACGUGAUUGAGAGAGGGCCUCAGGCCAUUGUUCAAUACAUGGCUGAAAUUGUUGGUCAGAAACAGGUCAAGUCACAGCCGGUCAAGCAAAAAAAGUCAUGGGGGAUUUGCUUCUUUUCAAAAUCCAACAAACGCAAACGAGAAGGUCCCGACUAUGGUAAAGCUUAG